AUGUUGCUACUAAUCCUGAUACUUUUGGAUUUAACCGCAUCUGAAGUGGACGACCAGCAGUACUGUGCUCUACGAUACCAGCGCCUGUGUCAGGGGAAAAGACAGCAUGUCGCCUGCCAAUUUUCAUCACCCGGACCAGGCAACUUGUGCCAGAAUUACACUAAAAUUGAAUUCAAAAGUGACUUAAGGCAUUUUGUCAUUAAUUAUAUUAACAGGCGUCGUCAGCGGGUAGCGUCAGGAAAUGAGCGCGUGCGCGGCGGCGCGCAACUCCCGAGACCUGAAAUUAUGAUGUUAGUUAGUUGGGACAGGGAGUUGGCUUAUCUGGCCCAACGAUUGGCAGACCAGUGUGAAUUCGUGCACGAUGGUUGUCGAGCUACUGUACGUUUUCCGUACGCUGGCCAAAGCGUCGGCGAGGUUCGCUGGCGUCGUUCGAGCGACUCGGACAAGCUGAGUACACAGCGUGUUAUACGACGCGUGUUGGACGCGUGGUGGGGCGAGCGGAGACGUGUGCAGAUCCAACAACUGGUUGCACCUUUCAGACUUAAGCCGAAAGGAUCAGUUUGGGGUCACUUCAGUCAGCUGGCAGUGUGGACUCUCCGCGCGGUGGGUUGCGGGGCAGUGCGCCACGGAUUAGAACACACUAAAAUGCUCUUGGUCUGUGAUUUCUCCCACACCAACAUGCUUGGUCAAAGAACGCUCAUUCCUGGCCCACUAGCACCGUGUCCGGCACACACAAUGAGACGGCCAAGAACCGCUUAUCCGUUACUUUGUGCACCAGUAAGACGACAAAUAUCAUCGGAAAACGAUAAUUACGAAAAAGAAAAAUAUAAAGAUGAUUACGAUGACGAUUUUGGUCAUGAAUAUUCGGUUACAACUGAACAAUCAGAAGCCACGUCUCGUAUCAAAAUUGUGGAGACAGCUAUGUCUUAUAAAUAUUUGAAAGUAACACUAUCGGGAUAUAACAAUGAAUCUAUGAAUCUUAACACUAGAAUAAAUUAUUUAGAAGGACCAACGAGUCGACGUAUAUUAGAAAAAUUACAAGACGAGUUAGAAUUAAGCAACAAUGAGAAGCAGGUAGUUCCGAUGACUAAAUACCAGGAGUGGGUAACAAAGAGGCCUUAUUUUGGAAGACUGAGAGAAGAUCAAGAAAAUGUAAGAAAUACGCUAAAUACCUACGAAACUGAUGAAGAAGAACAACCUAGCCGUAUAUACUACAAGAAGUUUACAACAGCACUAAUCUUUAUGACGAAACAGAGUUCAAUUUUGAGGCAAAGGUGGAGACAGACAAGAUUAAGACCUCAAAGGCCUGGUGUGAACGCGCUUAUAAAAAGACCGCCAGAGAAAUCUGGUUCUUUGAAGCUGGAUCAAGACGAUGUGGACCAACUAUACCGCGACACUGGAUUCAAUGUCAAUUGGAGGCACCAGUCCUCACCUCGAUAA